AUGGUUUCGACACUUUCUCUCCGCCAUGCCGUUGUGGCCGCACUUGCAUUUAACGGAUUGGCUAUCGCUCACUACGAAACCGGAAACGCAGGAACAGCCAUCAAAGAAAAGCGCCAGGUAGCGCCUCGGCAGCUCGACCAGCUUCUCGGUCUUCUUGAUGGCGCUGGUGCUGGCGGUGCCGCUGGUGCUGGCAACGGGGCCGGUGAUGGGGCUGCUGGUGGCAAGAAUAACGCUGGAGCUGGUGGCGCUCUUGACGGUCUUCUAGGUGGAGGUGCAGCCGGCAAGAAGAAUGAAGGAGCUGCAGGUGGGGCUCUCGAUGAUCUUCUAGGAGGCAAGGGAAAGCAAGGGAAAGCAGGUGCCGGUGGUGGUGGUGAAGCUGCUGCUCCAGGCGGGGCCGUCGGCGGCGGAGCUGCAAACAAUGGCACGGAGGUUCCGCCUGCCAAUGGUGGCAAAGGUCAAGGCAAAAACCAGGGCAAGAACCAGGGCAAAGGCCAGGGCAAAGGCCAGGGCAAGAAGAAUCAGGGCAAGGGUCAGGGAAAGAACCAGGGCAAAGGCCAGGGAAAGAAUCAAGGAAAGGGAAAGCAAGAUGGAGCAGGUAAGAACAACAAUGCUGGUGCCGGCGGCGCUGCCGCACCCGGGGAGGCUGCUGCGACAAACACGGCCGACUGUGGUGCCGCUGCUCCAUCGACACCCCCUGCCGCGGCCGAUGGCAACGGUAACGGCAACGGCAACAACGGCAACGGCAACAACAACAACGGCAACAAUGGCCAGGGGAAUGCUGGCGAGGGCAAUGCUGGUCAAGGAAAUGGCAACGCCGGUCAGAACAACGACAACAACAACGACAACGAUGCUGGUAACGAUGCUGGUAACGAUGCUGGUAACGAUGCUGGUAACGAUGCCGGCAAUGGUCAGGCUGGCGGCGCAGACGACACUGGUAAUGCAGGUAACGCCGGAGACGACAACGAUGGCGAGAAUGGCGCCGGCAAUGGAGCCGGCAAUGGCGCCGGCAAUGGAGCUGGCAAUGGCGCCGGCAAUGGAGCUGGCAAUGGCGCCGGCAAUGGAAAUGGUAAUGGAGCUGGCAAUGGGGAUGACAAUGGCGCCGGCAAUGGAGCUGGCAAUGGCGCCGGCAACGGAGCUGGCAACGGAGCUGGCAACGGUGCUGAUAACGGCAACGCUGGCAAUGACGAUGAGGAGGAUGGGCAGAACGACAAACGCCGGGUCCAAACCAUGCGGAGGCGUGGUGUUCUUGCCAACCUGCAUUGGUAA